CACAGGUAGACAGUGGUAAGCAGUGAACUGCAAGUGUUCGCGCAGAACUCAGACCUGCAGUCAGCACGAUGAGCUGUAACUGUCCGGUGACGCAGCCGGGGCCCACUCUGGCCAGCACUUGCGGGGGUUCAGCCUUCAUGCUGUUCAUGGGGCUACUCGAAGUUUUCAUCCGGUCACAGUGCGAUCUCGAGGACCCCUGCGGCCGCCCGGAGAGUCGAUCCGUUCCGGAUCCCAUUUACGAUUUCAUCGUCGUGGGCGGAGGGUCCUCAGGAGCAGUUGUGGCAAGCCGACUGAGCGAGAUUCCACACUGGAGGGUCUUGCUGAUUGAGGCGGGCGUUGACGAACCGACGGGCACUCAGGUGCCAUCCAUGUUCCUCAACUUCGUGGGUAGCGACAUCGACUGGAGCUACAGGACAGAACCAGAGGAACAUGCCUGCCUCAACGAGGCUGGCCGCAUGUGCUCCUGGCCUCGGGGCAAGGUUAUCGGUGGAACAAGCGUCAUGAACGGGAUGAUGUACAUCCGUGGCAGCAGACGAGAUUACGACGACUGGGCUGCACUUGGGAACACAGGCUGGUCCUAUCAAGACGUCCUGCCCUACUUCUUGAAGUCCGAAGACAACCAACAACCGCACCUUAUGGAUCACGGCUAUCACGGUGUGGGGGGCUACCUCACAGUAAACCAAUUCCCUUAUCACCCACCUCUGUCUCACGCCAUUCUACAGGCAGGCCGGGAGAUGGGUUACGAGGUCCGAGACCUGAAUGGAGUGUCGCGUACAGGAUUUGCCAUAGCCCAGACCACUAGCAGGAACGGCUCCCGUCUGAGCACCGCCAAGGCUUUCCUCAGACCAGUCAAACAUCGCCACAACCUUCACAUCAUGCUCAACACGACUGUGGCCAAGGUUCUCGUCAACGAGACCACGAAAGAGGCCUACGGAGUGGUCGUUAUCAGAGGUGGACACUCAGGAAUGAACGAGGUUAUCCUUGCUAGAAAUGAGAUAAUAAUUUCAGGAGGUGCAGUUAACUCUCCUCAGAUUCUUAUGCUGUCGGGUAUAGGUCCUAAGGAAGAUCUGAAAUCCGUUGGUAUCCCUGUUAUAGUAGAUCUUCCAGGCGUCGGGCGGAAUCUGCAUAACCACGUUGCAUAUUUUGUGAAUUUCCUCAUUAAUGACACGGAUACACAAGCACUGAACUGGGCAACAGCUAUGGAAUACCUUCUGUUCAGAGACGGUCUGAUGUCAGGAACAGGUAUAUCAGAAGUCACUGCUCUCCUCAACUCUAAGUAUAACAAUCCUGAUGAUGAUAAUCCCGAUCUCCAGUUCUUCUUUGGUGGUUUCCUUGCCAACUGUGCCAGAACAGGUCAAGUUGGUGAGAGAGUUAAUUCCAAUAAUACCAAUGCCCAGAGACCUGUAAAUAUAAUCCCUGCUGUGCUUCAUCCGAUGAGUCGAGGAUACCUCACGCUAAGGAAUGCGGAUCCUCUGGCCCACCCAAAGAUUGUUGCUAACUACCUCUCUCAACCUGCCGACAUCGCUACGUUGGUGGAUGGUAUCAAGAUUGCCAUAGCCAUGUCCCAGACGCCGAGCUUGCAACGCUACGGUUUUCGGCUUGACGAAACGCCAGUUCCUGGCUGUGAGAACAUCACAUUUGGCUGUGACGCGUACUGGGAUUGUGCGGUUCGCAGACAAACAGGCCCGGAGAACCAUCAAGCAGGCACCUGUCGUAUGGGACCUGCUGGGGACCACGGGGCAGUUGUUGACCCCGAACUUCGAGUUUACGGUGUCGAUAGACUUAGAGUUAUUGAUGCAUCGGUAAUGCCUAAAGUCACAUCUGGCAAUACAAAUGCUCCAGCAAUUAUGAUUGCAGAAAAAGGAGUAGAUAUGAUCAAGAGUACAUGGUUUGGAAGAAGAACCUGGGAUAUCUGGUAUAAAAAGUAAUGUGCGAUGCUUUCUUUAACGUCAUUAUAAUUUUCGCAUGACGCGAUGUUUGUGUGGAAACAAAUCUUGUUGUCGUCCGUUUCCUCCGUAUCGGACGGGAAGAAAACACCAAGAUUUCUGUAAGUUGCAGUGAAUGAUAACUUUCACGAGCAUAUAAACUGUACACUGGCCUCAUCCGAUUUACUUGAAAUUGGGGCUGUUUUGCGGGAUACAAACAAUUCUUAUCGAAGAAGCAGAGGGCUGUCUUUUCAGGGUCGUUGCUCUGUGACUUGCUCUGGUGUUUGUGUUCUGUGCACCAAGUGGUUCCGGUGGUUUACGCAGAAAGCUGCUACCAUGUCGUUCAAGUUGAAACCCGAGAACUGUGACUCUUGCUGUAUGAAGUGCCGAGAAGCUUAAUAACAGUUUCAAACCUCGUCCAUAUCCUUCAUAAUUACAUCCCUCACAAAAAUUGUUAAGAUCUUAUUAAGCGAGUUACUGGUGAGGAGACAAGAAAGCUCAGCCAAGCAAAGGUGCGCAACUCCAUGGGUGCUUUUCAAUGCUAAGGCAACUUAAUUGGUACACUCUUUAACAUAAUGGAGAAGACUACCUCAAGACACUCUGCUGAAUGCUUUAACAUGCUCAAAGAGAAUGUAUGAACAAAUUUUCUCUGUAAGCAACUUUCUCUAAUAGAGGAAGUUACAAUAUAAUGACUGCUAAUUUUAUUAUCUUACACGUAAAAGUUGUAAUUUACAUUUAUAAAAAUUAAAGUGUUCCAAAGCUUA